AUGAAGAUGGCUGAAUCAGUAAAGAAACUAUUAAAACGAAACAAACCAGGAACAAAAGCCAAUUUCUUCCGUAAAUGGCCUGACGAACCGUUUGAAGAGAUGGAAAGUACAUUAGCUGUUCAAGAGUUUAUUCAGCAACAAAUACGUAUAGAUCCGAGUAAUAUUGAUAUCAUAUUGACACCGCCAGAUUCUCAAGAAGAAGGAGUUUGGAAAUAUGAACACCUAAGGCAGUUUUGUAUGGAAUUAAAUGGGCUAGCGGUUGAAUUGCAAACUGAAUGUUUACCCGAUACAUGUAGCCAAAUGACAUCAACUGAACAGUGGAUAUUUUUAUGUGCUGCUCAUAAAACUCCCAAGGAAUGUCCUGCUAUUGAUUACACCCGCCACACUUUAGAUGGAGCUGCUUGUUUAUUAAACAGCAACAAAUAUUUUCCUAGCAGAGUUAAUAUUAAAGAAUCAUCGGUGGCGAAAUUGGGAUCUGUUUGUCGGCGAGUGUAUAGGAUAUUUUCCCAUGCAUACUACCAUCAUCAAAACAUUUAUAAUAAAUUUGAGAAUGAAACAUACUUAUGCCAGAGGUUUACAAAAUUUGUGAUUAAAUACAGCUUAAUGGCAAAAGAAAACCUGAUUGUGCCUAUGCCUGAUGCAAUUAUGCAAGGUAUACGAACCGAAGAGGAUGGAACAACAUCAAUUAAAGAGCCAUAA